CCAAUUAUUUUAUGAACACCAUUUUGAAUCAUUAAUAUGUGUUAGUCAAAAUUAAAAAGAUGAAGAACGGGGAAUACAAGGAAAGAAUAUUCUAAAUACUUUAGCAAAACAAUAAUAAAAAGCAUAGAAUCCACCGGUCACGCAAUCAAUCAAUCUCUUUCACUCUCUCACUCGCUCAAUCUCUUCAACUACCUUAUACUCAAACAAAGAGUAUAUUCCCCCAAAAUCCACACUCCGAAUAUUCUCCAAUUCUAAUUCCAUUCUUGUUUAUAUAAUCCAUAUUUAUUUAGAUCAAACCCAACCAACCCAUUCAACCUAUCAAUCCAAUCGAACCAUGAAGUUCUGGAAGAUCCUCAGCAGCCUUCUUGAGGAGAUUUUUCCUGAAUGGCGAGACAGGUUUCUGUCUUACAAGUCAUUGAAGAAGCAAUUGAAAUCUUUUUACCCAAAGCCUGGUAACCCAUCAUCACCCAAGCGUUCCAAACUAUCACACGCCGAAGAAGAAGAAGAAGAAGCCGAGGUUACGGAGGAGGUCGCCGUUUUCUUGAAGCUUUUGAAUGACGAGAUUCACAAGUUCAAUGAGUUCUUUGUUCAGAAAGAGGAAGAUUAUAUCAUUGCAUGGAAGGAACUGCGAGACAGAAUAAUAAGGGCCAGGGAUUCAAAUGAAGAUCUGAAAGAUGUAGGGAAGAAGUUGGUGGAUCUUCAUGGAGAGAUGGUUUUGCUUGAGAUUUACAGCAUCCUUAAUUACACAGGACUAGUGAAAAUAACAAAGAAACACGACAAGCUAAGUGGAGCUCUUAUUCGCGUAUCUUUUAUCCAAGGCGUCUUACAAGAACCAUUUUUCAGUACUGAUGUGGUUAAGACACUGGUGGAGGAGUGCGGGACAAUGCUAGAUAACAUAUUUUCAAGGAAUGAGCUCGUGGAGAUUGAGCAAUUAGAGAGCACAUACGUUAAGCUAACCUUAUUGGCUUUGCAAGUCUUGAAGGAUAUUAGGGGUGAAAGUUCAACUGCAGGUCCACAUUCCAUUUCUCAGUUGCAUAGAGAUGCAGGAGAGUAGUAGUGAAAGUGUGAGUGAGAGAGUUUACUUGUUGGAUAUAAUCCAAGGCACCAAAUGAGUCAUUUGGGAGGAAAAUAUAUUGUUCUACACAAAUAUAGAAUAAUCAGUCAAUACGUACGGAGCUCACUCUUUUUUCUUUUAGUAUUUUUAUUACUAUCUCCUGCUGUAAAUUAAUUUUUCACAAAUAGAAAAAAAUGCUGGGGUGUGCAACUCUUCUUA